AAGCUUUUAAUUCACCGCCGGACUUUCUCUCGCCAAAAAUCCCACGAUUAUUUGUGAAUGUGAUUAUGAAGUAAGACUGCACCUGGACGAGCAACAAUCAAACAAGAAAAACAACCGUUGCGUUUUAUUAUUGGAGGAAAUUUGGUGAGAAGCGCGUCUUGGCGCUAAAUUCUCCUGAAUCGGGGUCAUGGCGUCGUCAUCUUCUGCGCAACUGCGGCUCAUGUCCGAUCUGAAAGCCAUCAGGAAUGAGCCUCCGGAGGGUUGUAGCGCAAGUCCGCUAUCCGACGAGAAUCUCUUUGUUUGGAGCGCCACCAUCUUUGGCCCGGAUGAGACUCCUUGGGAGGGCGGUAUCUUUGGAUUGCGUCUCACAUUCGGAGAUAAUUAUCCAGAGAAGCCCCCUCGUGUUAGAUUCACAUCGGAAGUCUUUCAUCCAAAUGUCUAUCAUGAUGGUACACUGUGUAUGGACAUCAUCCAGGAUGCCUGGUCACCAUGUCACAAUGUCUGCACAAUAUUAACCUCAAUUCAAUCCCUUCUUACCGACCCAAAUCCAGCAAGUCCUGCAAAUCCUGAAGCGGCACACCUUUACCAGUGUGAUAUUCAGGGUUAUAACAGGAAAGUUCGACGGUGUGCUCGUAGAUCCAUUGAGUCAUCAUAGCUCUGUGCAUUGGGUUGCCCAGUUUCUAGACCUUCAGAACACCUCAUUAUGUUUAACAAUCAUGUCCAACUUCCAGUGAUGUGUGUCAUAGUUGUGCUGGUGUAUUCUGGCUCAGGGUAUUGUGGGUACUUCACUGUUGUGUGCUUUUGUGAUGACAUUUUAUGAGAUUCAUUGUUUGGGUGUUAGCAUCCAUUGCACAUAUAUUUAAACUUUUGAGGUUGACUUGCAUACGAAUGUUGUUCUGUUGUCGUA